AUGCCAAUUGAACCAAUCCGUUACGUUGCUAAAGUAGACCUUACAAAACCAGGUGAUCAACAGCCACAGCUUCACAACAGAUGGCACCCUGAUAUCCCUUUUGCAGAGACAAUCAAGCCAGGUGAAACAGUGAAAAUCGAGUGUCUCGACUGGACAGGAAAUCAAAUUAAAAAUAACGAUACUGCAGAUGACAUCCUAAAUGUUGAUUUAAGCAGAAUCCACUAUUUGUCUGGACCAUUCAAUAUUGAAGGUGCCGAACCAGGUGAUGCCUUGGUUGUCGAAAUCAAAGACGUACAACCAUUAGAAAGACAACCAUGGGGGUACUGUGGUGUUUUCCAUAAAAAAAAUGGAGGAGGAUUUUUAGACAAGUUCUACCCAGAGGCAGCAAAGGCCAUUUUUGAUUUAGAAGGUAUUCACGCUACAUCAAGGCACAUUCCUCAUGUCAAAUUUACAGGAUUGAUUCAUCCUGGAAUAAUGGGGACUGCACCAUCUGCAGAGGUCUUGGAGGAAUGGAAUUCUAGAGAGAUAGGUUUAAUCAACGACAUCCAACAGCAACAUGAAACCAAUGUUGCAAAUGGCCCAUUAGAAACUAAUUCUCAUGCUGGUAGUGCUACAGGAACUCUUGCCCUGAAAAUUGCCAAAGAAGGUGCUCGAACCAUACCAGGAAGACCAGAAAAUGGUGGAAACUGCGAUAUUAAGAAUCUUUCACGUGGUUCUAAGUGCUUUCUCCCAGUUUACGUUAAUGGGGCAAAACUUUCAGUUGGAGAUUUGCAUUUUUCACAAGGUGAUGGCGAGAUUUCCUUUUGUGGAGCAAUUGAGAUGCCAGGAGUAAUAACAAUCAAAGUAUCUAUAAUUAAGAAUGGUAUUGAAAAAUUGUCAUUAAAAAGUCCAAUAUUUAUCCCGGGAGACGUUCAAAAUCAUUAUGGACCCUCUAGAUACUUGACAUUUGAAGGGUUCUCUGUAGAUGAAGAUGGGAAACAACAAUAUUUGUGCGCAACAACAGCUUACAGACAAGCUUGUAUCAGAGCUAUUGAGUACUUGAGAAAAUUUGGUUACAACGACUAUCAAAUCUACUUAUUGCUUUCCAGUGCACCUAUUGAGGGCCAUAUUGCUGGAAUUGUUGAUGUUCCCAAUGCAUGCACUACUUUGGGGAUCCCAAUGGAUAUUUUUGACUUUGAUAUUAGUCCGGAAGGCAAUUUUGAAGAAAAAGAUAUGAAAAAUUGUGCAUUCGUUGAAGGUGCUAAACAUAGCGUAAGAUACGAAUAUAAAUAA